UUUUUUUCUGGGACCAACCUUUUGACCGGGGGGGCAACCCCGAACAAUAAACUUCAACACGUUCUCUUCUCAACGAGCACGUGUUGCGACUGUCAAUAUUCGCUAAAAAAAAAAAAAGGAUAAAGAAUAUGUAACAAAAUGUCGGAAACUUCAGAAGACGACCAAGCACACUUGCAAACGAGCGAAGAAGAGCUAAGUGGUGAGGAAGAACAGGAGAACACAGAUGCUGAAGAGGACGAUGGCGCUGAAAAUGCUGACGAACAAACAAAUAAUGACACGGAGGAUGCCAGCGAAGAUGAAAAACCGACAAAUGAUGAAAAGGCGUUAACAUGGAAAGAUCUUGGUCUAAACGACACACUGUGCAAGGCCUGCGAGGAGCUCAAAUGGAAAGCGCCUUCAAAAAUUCAAAAGGAAGCUAUACCUGUUGCAUUGCAGGGCAAGGAUGUCAUUGGCCUGGCCGAAACCGGCUCUGGCAAGACAGGUGCCUUUGCUUUACCCAUCCUCCACUCGCUGCUUGAAAAUCCACAGCGUUAUUUCGCACUCGUAUUGACGCCAACACGCGAAUUGGCUUUCCAAAUAGGCGAACAGUUUGAGGCUUUGGGCAGCGGCAUUGGCAUCAAAUGUUGUGUUGUGGUCGGUGGCAUGGAUAUGGUUGCACAGGGCCUGCAGUUGGCAAAGAAGCCACAUAUAAUCAUUGCCACGCCUGGUCGUCUAGUGGAUCACCUGGAGAACUUGAAGGGCUUUAAUUUGAAGGCCAUUAAAUACUUGGUCAUGGACGAGGCCGAUCGCAUACUCAACAUGGACUUUGAGGUUGAGCUGGACAAGAUUCUAAAGGUGCUGCCUCGCGAGCGUCGAACAUUUUUAUUCAGCGCCACGAUGACCAAGAAGGUGAAGAAACUGCAGCGUGCCUCGCUGAAGGAUCCCGUCAAGGUGGAGGUGUCCAACAAAUACCAAACCGUUGAUCAGCUGCAGCAAUAUUAUCUCUUCGUACCGGUCAAGUACAAGGAUGUGUAUCUUGUGCACAUACUGAACGAAUUGGCCGGGAACAGUUUCAUGAUCUUCUGCAGUACCUGCAACAACACCGUGAAGACAGCUCUGAUGCUCCGUGCCCUCGGACUGGCCGCCAUACCACUGCAUGGUCAGAUGUCACAGAACAAGCGAUUGGCGGCUCUCAACAAAUUCAAGGCGAAAAAUCGUUCCAUACUGAUAUCAACAGAUGUGGCCUCACGUGGUCUCGACAUUCCACACGUGGAUGUGGUGGUCAACUUUGACAUACCCACACACAGCAAGGACUACAUUCAUCGUGUUGGUCGCACGGCUCGUGCCGGUCGUUCUGGCCAAGCCAUCACAAUGGUUAGCCAGUAUGACAUUGAGUUGUAUCAGCGCAUUGAGCAUCUGUUGGGCAAACAAUUGCCACUGUACAAGUGCGAGGAGGACGAAGUGAUGGCUCUGCAGGAACGUGUCGCUGAGGCACAACGGACUGCAAAACUGGAACUUAAAGAUUUGGAGGACAGCAAGGGCUACAAAGGGGGCAAGGGCAACAAGCGGGCAGCUGCUGGAGAUCACGAUGAUUCUGAGCAAUUUACGGGUGCCCGCAAGCGAAUGAAACCCAUGGGUGGCAAAGGCAAGGGCAACAACAGUAAGGGGGCUGCUGGGGCAAAAAAGAAUUGGAGUCGCGGCAAAAAGAGAAACUAGACAUAAGUACACAUUAAAAA